AUGACCAUGAGGCUGCGCUACUUGCAGCGGCUGGUGCUCCUGCGCCCUUCGGACCUUGUGGCGCUGCUGCACUUCCGUCCGAAGGGGCAACCGUUGCCUUGGGUGAGGCUCGUCGCUGCGGACUGCGAGUUCCUGCGUCGUCAGGGCUUGGUGCCUCCUGCCAUGCCUGGCUUCUUCGACGCACCGCUCCAGUGGGACGAACUGGUGGCUGACCGCCUCACAUGGGCCGACACCGUGGGCAGCGCGCAUUUCUGCGAUUCUUGCCUGGGCCGCGACUGCACCGUGUCCUCGGCAACGCCUCUCACAGUGAAGUGCCGGAUGUGUAGUGCUUUCUUCGCCUCCCCGCGCGCCCGAGCGUGCCAUGAGCGCAUCGCGCACAGAGUGACUACGAAGGCCAAGUGUUACCUUCACGGCACGGUUUGUCCAUGUUGCAAGGUGGAUUUCCGGCAGAAGAUUUGUCUGCUGGAAAUUUGCGUCAUCAUCGUCCUCGCGAUCCUGCCGAAGCUGGACUCGCCAGAGGAGCGGCGCCUCGGUGGCGCGAUGACGGCGGCCACUGCAGGGGAAGAUCGAGCAACAACACGCUGGGCACGAUUUCUUUGCCCCCCACGAGGAUCGGACUGGGAGGUCCGCGUAGGUAGGUGCCGCGUGUGUGCAACGCGAUUAGACGGUGCACUCGGCGUCCGUCUCUCCUUUUUUUGCCAGUCGCGUCGCUGGGAGCGGGGAGCGGGGAGCGGGGAGUG